AUGGGAAUCCUAGUUGUUUGUUUGAACACGCGGCACAGCCCGGGCUGCCAGGGAGUUUUAGCUGGGACAAAGAAGCCUCAUCCUGAGCUACUCAAAAGGUUUCCCAAUCGGGAGAUCCCUCAUCCCGACGACCCCUACGCGCGAACGCUCCGGCCGCCGAGUGGUGAGUCCAUCCGCUCCAGGCAGUCAGAUGCUAGCCGACAGUCUGAGGGCAGGAGGAGUGUGGCUUCUCGGGCCGGGUCUUCGAUUGCUUCCUCCGUGCUCUCGGCGCCGCCGUCGGGCUACUACCGCCAGCUGCGGACUCCCAACUUGAUGAAGCCAGGCUGA